AUGUUAUUUAUGAAAAAUUAUUACUAUUUCAUGCAUAACAGGAAAAUAUAUAGAAGACACUAUAAAAAAUUUAGUUUCUAUAAAGAUAUAAAAAAUAGAAAAAGAUAUAAUAAAAAAAAAAAAGCUAAGAUAUUAUCAAAAUCAAUAAAUCAUGACGUAUUUGAAGACCUUUUAAAUGAAUUACAUUCAAAAAAUGUAAAUAAUGAUAGAGAAACAAAUCAUGUAAAUGUAGAUGAACAUCUAUUUGAUAUAUUUGAAAAUUUUAGUACAUCAAUUUUAACUAAAAUACCAUCAUGGUUAAUAUGCUCGAUAUUUUAUGAUUUAUAUAAAUGCCAAUCAAAUGGUAUGUAUCGUCAUUUUUAUUUAGAUUUGAUUAAGAGUAAUAAAAAAUUCGCUUAUGAAAUAUUUUUUAAAUAA